AUGGCAUUGGGCGUGGUCGGCCUCGUGCUCGCAUUGCCACUCUUGUUCUUGCUGACAAGGGCGGCAUGGAUCACUGUCUCCUGCUACUACCUCACGCCGGCGAGGAUCCGGACAAUCCUGGCCGGCCAGGGCGUGCACGGCCCGCCGCCACGCCUCCUCGUCGGGAACCUCAGCGACGUCUCUGCCCUCGUCGCCGAGGCCAUCGCCGGUGACAUGAGCUCCCUGAGUCACGACAUCGUCGGCCGCCUUCUGCCCCAUUAUGUCCUGUGGUCCAGGAUGUACGGGAGGCUGUUCGUGUACUGGUACGGGAGCGAGCCACGGGUGUGCGUGACGGACGCGGGCAUGGUGCGGGAGCUGCUGUCGUCGAGGCACGCGCACGUCACCGGCAAGUCGUGGCUGCAGCGGCAGGGCGCCAAGCACUUCAUCGGCCGCGGCCUGAUCAUGGCCAACGGCGCCACGUGGUCGCACCAGCGCCACGUGGUGGCGCCGGCGUUCAUGGCCGACAGGCUUAGGGGCCGGGUGGGCCACAUGGUGGAGUGCGCCCGGCAGACGGUGCGCGCGCUGCGGGAGGCCGUGGCGCGGGCCGGCAACGAGGUGGAGGUGGGCGCGCACAUGGCGAGGCUCGCCGGCGACAUCAUCGCGCGCACCGAGUUCGACACCAGCUACGACACCGGGAAGCGCAUCUUCCGCCUCAUCGAGGAGCUGCAGCGGCUCACGGCGCGCUCCAGCCGCUACCUCUGGGUCCCUGGCAGCCAGUAUUUCCCAAGCAAAUACAGACGGGAAAUAAAGCGGUUGAACGGGGAGCUGGAGCGGCUGCUCAAGGAGUCCAUCCAGCGCAGCCGCGAGAUCGCCGACGAGGGCCGGACGCCGUCGUCGGCGUGCAGCAUGGGGCUCCUCGGCAUGCUGCUGGCCGAGAUGGAGAAGAAUAAGAAGAAGAGGACGACCAAGUCCGGCAACGACGACGGCGAGCUGGGGUACGACGCCCAGACGAUGAUCGACGAGUGCAAGACGUUCUUCUUCGCCGGGCACGAGACGUCGGCGCUGCUCCUUACCUGGGCCAUCAUGCUGCUCGCCACUAACCCUUCGUGGCAGGACAGGGCGCGCGCCGAGGUAGCCAGCGUCUGCGGCGACGCCCCGCCCACCGCCGACCACCUCCCCAGGCUCACCGUGCUGCAGAUGGUGAUCAACGAGACGCUCCGGCUGUACCCGCCGGCGACGCUGCUGCCGCGGAUGGCGUUCCAGGACAUCACGCUCGGCUCCGGCUCCGGCCCCGACGAGCUGCGCGUGCCCAAGGGCGCGUCGCUGUGGAUCCCCGUGCUGGCCAUCCACCACGACGAGGCCGUGUGGGGACCGGACGCGCACGAGUUCAGGCCGGACCGGUUCGCGCCCGGGCGGGCCCGGCCGUGGGCGGCGGGGCGGUUCCUGCCGUUCGCGUCGGGCCCCCGCAACUGCGUCGGUCAGGCCUACGCCAUGGUCGAGGCCAAGGUCGUGCUGGCCGUGCUGCUCGCGAGCUUCCGCUUCGGCAUCUCCGACGAGUACCGCCACGCGCCUGUGAACGUGCUCACGCUCCGCCCGCGCCACGGCGUGCCCGUUCGCCUGCUGCCGCUGACGCCGCGGUAG